AUUUUCAACAGGAUUCUUUCCAUCCUACCGUGGUCAAGUCUUCAUCGGGUACUGCCAUUACCCCCUCGAUCGCAUGGUCUCUCGGUCCCCGGUUCCAACCGGGUUCUUUCUUAUUUUUUUUUCGAUGUUUCCCUUCUACCGUACGGAUCAUCAAAAGAUGGUUCUUGGUAGCUUGCCUUUUCCCUCUACAUUGAUUUUCAUGAUGACGUGGAAGUCAUUUAGUCGUACUCUGGCGGAGCCGGCCGUCUCAAAUAUUGUGGUCUAAGAGGUUUCAAGGACUCUUUAUCAUCAUGGGGAAGGAUGAUAAUGGCAAGGAAAGA